AUGUCAAUUCCUCGUUUGGAGCUCCAAGCAGCAGUGCUGGGUGCAAGACUUGCCAACUCUGUCUCCGAUGUUCUUUCACUAGAAGCAAGGCAACGUUUCAUGUGGUCCGACUCAAAAACAGUCUUGUCGUGGAUACACUCCGACCAUCGCCGAUAUAAACAAUUUGUGGCAUUCAGGAUCGGUGAAAUACACACUCUAACGAAGCUCGCGGAUUGGAGAUGGGUUACGACGAAGUGCAACGUCGCCGAUAGCUUGACAAAGUGGGAGAAAACGCACAGCCUCCGUUCCGAUGGAUCUUGGUUCCGUGGUCCCGAGUUUCUUUAUCUGUCGGAGGAUCAUUGGCCGAAGCAGGAUGAAUCGAAACCAAACGUCGCCGAAGAAAUGCGAGCCUGCUUUCUAUACCACGAAAUUGCAGUGAUUGAACCGAUGCUAGAUCCGCGGCGUUUUUCGAGGUGGAAAGUUCUGGUCAGGACAGUAGCAUGUGUUUACAGAUUUAUCACGAACUGUAGACUGAAGAAAAAAGGAUUACCGAUUGAAGCGGUUCCUAUUAGAGGGACAUUCGAGCAGGUGGAGAAAAAAGGUGUACAAUCGAAUACAGUACCGUUAAAGCGCGAAGAGCAUCAGAAAGCAGAGGCGUAUCUCUGGCGGUUGGCUCAAGUAGAUUGUUUUGAGGAUGAAGUCAAGACGAUGAAGAAGAACCGACAUGUACCGGUCGAGCAGUACCACCAAUUGGACAAGUCCAGUUGCAUUUACAGUUUGAGCCCAUUUUUGGACGCCGAGGAUGUGAUACGUAUGGAGGGUAGAGCAGCACGAGGAUCGUUGCUGCCAUUCGAACUAAAAUUUCCGAUCAUUUUACCAAAGAAGCAUCCGAUUACUGACAAGCUACUCGAGUUUUACCACCAGAAAGUAUGCCACGGGAACAUGGAGACUGCCGUUAACGAAAUACGACAACGUUUUCACAUCCAGGGACUGCGCGCAGAGCUAAAGCGAAUCGGAAGGGCUUGUAUAUGGUGUAAAGUACACAAAUGUCGACCAUCGAUCCCCAGGAUGGCCCCACUUCCGGAGUCGCGUGUUACACCGAAUCGUCCAGCAUUCAGUCAUACUGGCGUAGACUUUUGCGGGCCGAUAACAGUAACUGUCGGUCGGAGAUCGGAGAAGCGAUACAUCUGCUUGUUCACGUGUAUGACAACAAGAGCGAGGAAACCGCUAGAGUUCUACUCGGACAACGGUACGAAUUUCCAAGCAGCAAGUAAAGAGAUCAUGCAGCAGAUUGGGACCGAUUGUGAAAACGAGUUUACCGAUUCCAGGACACGCUGGAAUUUCAACCCACCCAGCGCACCUCACAUGGGCGGGGUUUGGGAGCGACUUGUUCGCUCCGUAAAAGCAGCUCUAACUGUAUUCGACGAUGGUCGGUCAUUGACCGAUGAAGUACUCCUAACGACUAUUGCAGAAGCCGAGGACCUGAUCAACUCUCGGCCUUUAACUUAUGUUUCUCUGGAGCCGGAACUAGAAGAAGCAUUGACCCCGAAUCAUUUCAUUCGCGGUGUCGGUGCAAUCAACGCGGAAUGUUUCAUUCCGCCUACAUGUGAAGCCGAGGCACUCCGUGAUCGGUAUAAGCGAUCGCAACGACUGGCCGAUAAGCUGUGGAUACGGUGGGUGUCCGAAUAUCUACCGUCAAUCAACCGAAGAACGAAAUGGCACAAUGAGUCGCCGCCAUUAUCUCUUGGAGAUCUGAAGUCUACCCAGGAGCGGACGGCAGAAUCCGUCAGGCGAUGGUAG